GUUUCACAAUGAUUUGAUGUUUACACCAAGCAUAUAUUUCGAUUGGACCAACGUUAUUGAACAACAACCAUCAAAUGCUUUAACCAAGCAUAUAUAUCACUACUUGAAUCCGCGUUUAUCGUUGAAUCACUCUUACUGUAAGGUCAAAUAGGGCAUACAGCAGCUUUACCGAGCCUCCUAGCUGACACAAAGAAGUUGAAAAAAAAAAUCAUCAUGGCGACGGCAGGUCAAAACGACGACGACGAUCUUGUCGAGGAGUAUAUUGUUGACGAAGAAUUGGUAAAAUUAUUGAAAUCUUUUGAAUUAUCUGCCACGGGAAUCGAAGAGUUCGUAGCCAACGGAUACGACAUUUCGGCGCUGAAAAUCAUAGAACGCGAAGAAAUUGAAGCUCUCCUGCCCCCACCGCAUCUAUCCGAUCGAACCAAGUGCAUUGCCGGAUUGAACGAGUGGCGUCGGUCUUUGGGAUUGCCGUCGGUCUCCACGCCGCUGAAAAGCAGCAACCCACAAGGAACCCAGAACUCAGAUGCACCGAAAGUUGCGCUCGGCAAUCUGUCACGACAACAAUGGACCGCAAAAGCCUUGAUAAAUAGGUCCAAAAAAGGAAGACUUAUUUGGGAAGCCUACCAAGCAACGAGUAUCUUGUCAAGGAAAGACCGUAUUUUCAUCACUCAUCUGAUUGUCGACGAAUUUGUCGAUGAGUUUGGCAGAUUGACGCGAGAGGAACUAGCCCGCCGAGCCACGGAGCUGAAGAACAUUUUUCCGACAGUGGAACAGCACGUCUGGUACAAACCGGCAUCGUAUCACGACGAAAAAGGGAAGAAGAUCAAACUCGGUCGCAUAGCCAAGGGUUGUUUGUUUGACCGGAACCACAACUACCGCUGCGUCACCUCUGUCCCGCCACCGAUUCCUGGGCCCGGCGUGCAGCCAUCAACUAGUUCAGCUCAGCCGAUCGUCGACGUCAUCACAGCAGAUGCAGUGACAGCGUACCAGGAGACGAAAAACUGGUUCCGACACCAUCACGGCGAGUUCGACGACAUCAAGAAGCGGUGGGAAGCAACUAGUGCCGUUCGUUUACACGAAAUCGCCAAACUAGAACAAGUAACCUAUCAGCACUUGCUGGACGAAUACCCGGUGCUGCGGAACACUGCCGGUUAUCAGCUCGUAAAUCUCGACUUUAGCUUCAAGCACGCAAAGGAAAGAGAUCUUCUUUUCGCGAAAUUCGCUGAUUUUCGCAGUCGCGCUAAAGUAGUGUUUCCCAAUGAGGUACCCGAGCUGGGGAAACCACUGUUGGCAUUGCUGAACGGAGACAUAAGUGAAGAUUCGCGUGAUUGCAUCACAACAUUGCUCCUGUUUUUCAUUUGGCCCAGCACAGUUAUGCGUCUACCCAAUGGGAAGAAGUGGAAGCCGUCCUUGGUGGAAAGCAGUGAAAGUACAAUACUGCAUUUGAGAACCCUGGCGGAUUAUGAGACGGAGCUCUCGCGGCUUAGCCGGCAGAACCUGCUGAGAGGAUUACCCGACUACCCAGUGAUCGUAGUAGUCGGUCCAUCAAUCGAGCAGGUCAACCAAUUUUUCGUAAGCUACAAAGAUAUAGCUUACAAAGCGGAAACAUUCAUCAAAGCACUCGACAUCACGUUCAAGGUUUACAAAGCGUACGGCAUAAGUUUUCCAAUUGAAGCCAACGGACCUUGGAACUUCAUGGCGUAUAUGUUCUACGACUUCGAACCACCCGAGAACGGAAAUAAAGCUAGGAUUCUGACACUUGCUACACAUCUUCGCAACCAGCUACCGGCACAAUGAUUUUAUGCUGCGUUCCCGGAUGUCCAUGGAAAACCUCCUGUCCAUCGCUUCUCGCGACUCAUCUGCGCAGAGUUCAUGAGCCCAUCGACGUGUAUAGCUGCAAGGAGCCAAACUGUGGAAGACGAUUCAGUGUACGCUAUUCUUACAUUUCCCACAUCCAGAAACAUAUGCGGAACGACUCUUCUACAAG